AUGUCGCAAAGAAAGCCCAACCGCAGACUCCUCCAUCGGAUCGUCGAGGCCGCGUUGGAUCGCGAAGAACAAGGAUACCCACCAAUGGCCGCUCACGCGGCAGCAACACAGGGAAUGCAAAAUGGCUAUCCACAGGAUCUCCCACCUGGUCCAAAGAGAGUGAAUACUACGCAAAUGGAAUCGCUCAUUCCAAUCAACGACAAGCUUCUCGUCUUCCGCGCUCUAACUGGAAUUGACAGCGUGCCUGCCCUCACCCAGGUCGGCCAUCUGGCCCGAAGUGCGCCCAACGUUGGAAUCUAUACGCGAGUGAUCGACAAUGAAACCAAAGCGCAACGGGCAUACAAGAUCUUCAACUUCCUUAUCAACACUUGUCUCGGAGUUCAGGUCGUGGUAGCUGCAGCCGUGACUGCUCUUGGUGCAGCCAGUGGCCCUCACUCAGCGGUCACGGCCUUUGGCGCCAUCAACACAAUUAUGGCCGGUGUCCUAACCUACCUCCGUGGCUCAGGGCUCCCCGACCGGUUGAAACACUACCAAAACCAGUGGAAGAAUAUUCGAGAGUACAUCGAACAGCGUGAACGCGAAUUCUGUUUGGUCGGAUGCGACCUUGAUGUACAAGAAGAGGUUUUCAUUGUCGAGAGCAUGUACCAAAGUGUGAAAGCCGAGAUGGAGACUACGAAAAGCACCGACAGCAAGGCUCAACAGCCCGACGACCCACGGAUUCGCCGUUCUGUAUUGCCACCUUCGCACGAUUCUGCAUACAGAGGCCCUGUGGCUCCCGGGCGCGCAGACAUGCCCCCAGCGACUGCCAAUUCGAGGCGGGAUUCCGAGCCCGUCAGCCCGAUCACUAUCCCAGAUGCUGCCUUCAACAAGGAGAAGCAAUGA